UCUUCAGCUAUACACUGAUAUGAUAGGAGGAUUGCAAUAAGUGGAGAAAUGCUGCCUAUAACAAAAAUAUUCUGGGGGACACGACUACAAGUCCUAAGCAGACAACUUCUAAGUUGAAACAGAACUGUUAUGAAUUCCAUGAGAUACAAAUACAGUUUUAAAAAAAAAAUCAGAUAUGAGCAGGGAAUUAUCCUUUCUUGCUUGUGGCAUGCAUAUUUGAUGGUGGGGAGGAUGGCCGUGUAUGCACCUCUUGUAUCUGAUGUGAUCCGUGUGUCUUUCUAUGGAAGAGGACCUGAGUACAUCAUAAAUGACUACCUGAGAAGAGGUGUACCUAAUUUGUUAAUGUUAUUUUAAAAGACAGACGUACUGCUUAAACUACUGUGUAAUUCCUACAGGGCAAAAUAAUCAGAAUCUAUAUAUACAUUAAUUUGACCACUAGGAUUUUAAGUUUAUUGUAAUUUGUAUGAAAGUAGCUCAUAAUUUCUUUACAUAAACUUGUGAAACUGGCACAGCUGGACUCUGCUAUAGCUCAAUAAAUGUGCUUGUGGGCAUGUGUUAAUAAGCUAUACUUGGAUGUCCUGGCUAUAAAAAGCUUUAAGUGAAAAUUGACCUUUGGUAAAGUUGGAUCCCUGGUGCACAUGGUUUACUGUCUGCUACAAAAGAGAAACAAGCCAGCAUUUAAUUGUACCCUUUUCAUUUAAUCUCUAAUGAAGAUGACCAGAGAGGCUAUAUCUCUAUGUGCUCUGAACAAGACAUUAAACAGGGUGGAGAACAAAUUGCAAACUAUAGAGGCUCAAUUCACUGUGCUAGAUUCCAGCAUGCAAAAAUUAUUGAAGAAGUUUGAGUUUCAGAGUACAGCACUGGAAGAUCAGGUGGGACAGGAUGAAAUGUGGGCAUCACUGCUAGAAGAAAGAUUCACUUCCAUAGAGGUAAACCUUUUCUACAGCUACAUCUGUGAAACUAUUAAUUGCUUGCAUUCUCAAGUGGUACAGAAGUUACCAGAUCUGGCAGGAGCCCUUUGUACUCUUUCAUCCAUCCUGAGGAGGAAAGGUAAAAACCAGAGAAUUAGGUCAGCAUGGGAAUCAGCACUGGAUGUGCUAGGAUUUCAAGAAGCAGAUAUUAAAGCACUCUGUGCCUUUUUCAUGAUACAUAGCUAUGAUGCAUGCUACUAUCCUGCUAAUCAAAGGCAAAAUUACACCAGUGACAUCAGCUCUGUCAUAAACAAAGCGGUGAAGAACCAACUCUUUAAACACAGCCUGCUCUGUGCAGUUUGUGUGGUGGAAAAUAGGAAAGCUUGAAGAUGUGGAGAAUGGAAAAGUUUGAAGAUAAUGAUUUUCCUUCAGAAAGGAAGUGUUUGUCUAAAACUACUUAUCAAUGGGAAGUUCUUGGUUCUACUCUCACUUCAGUCCUGAACUCAUUGUGUAGCUUUAUGCAUGACUGCCUCUCAACCUUCAUCCAUGUCUGUUAUUUGGGGAAAGUAGUACUGGUCUACCUAUCUUACAGAAUUGUUUAGAUUUUGAAGAUAAUGUAUAAGAGGGACUUUGAGCACUCUCAAGUUCAGCAUAUUCCCUGAUGACUGUUUUGUAUUGUUUUGGGUGUUUGAAUAUAUUGUGUUUAUUACCUUGUUAUUGUUUGUUUUGAGAGAAAAGUGGGGUAAACAGUUUGAAAAUAAAAAUAUUUAAUCAAUGCUAAAUAUUAUGAUCCUAUUCUGUACAUAAAGCUUCUUAAAAUCCUC